CGCUGUGCGGCUGGUUCACAUUAACCGCGCUGACUAGCCCGUGCAAGUCGCAGCUCUGUCCAGCCCUGUGCACGAUCUUUAGCAGAUUCUCAAUGGAUACAAUUCUGCUAGAGUGGAGAAAAAAAAUGCACAAUCCAAGAUAGUUUGGUUUUUGUGUGGGUUCAGUCCAACCCUCCCAUCCUCGUGUGUGUAGGCUAUGUGGGUGGGCGGGGACCAUGGAUAAAUAGAGCCACACUCUUCUCUUGUGCGUAAACGCGUAGAGCCGUGGACCUUGCUGGGACACGGAGCUUUCAGGUUGGCUGAGAAUUAAUGACAGCCUUUACAUAUAUUAAUUAGCUUUGAGAAGGACCUAUACUUUUUGUCGUUUAGGCUAACAAACAGUCAUUUUUUAUCACGCAAAAUCGAUGAAGACAAGACACCAGAAAAUUGGAAACAUUUCGUUAUGUCAAAUAUGGAGCGUUCAUUCUUGGGCUAACCAAUGAUCCAUUUGUUGCUACGGGGGAAGACAAUCCACUUUUGUUAGAGAGAUGCACUGGCUGUUUCUGAGGAUGCUUUGAACUUUAUGAAAGAUUCUUUCAGCAUUGUUCCUGAAAAGGCAUCGGAACAACACUCCUGGGAUCAUCUGCACACUUAGCGCAUUGCGUAAUUGGCAGGGAAAUAUGCCCUUGUCCGUUAGAAAGGCUACACAUAAUGUUCGGACUAAUCUCUGCGGGAAGGGGUUUAUUGCACCACGUAUGUUGUAAAAACAGCAGACACAAGGAUGAGAGUGUUUAGCAUGCGUGGGAAAAGUCGGCACCAGAUGCUGCUGGCGCUCUGUUGGCUGUUUUUGGCUCUUACGAGGAGCGGAGCAGUUUCCAGAUGUGUGGACCAUGCCUGUAGUCCACCAAUUGGGAACCUGGCUAGUGGCAGGACCCUCAUCACCCACUCAAGCUGCUGUGGGAACAGCUCCUUCCUACACAGCCCUUGCCCCCAUCCUCCUGUAACCCCCCACCUCCUCUGCCCUGAGGACACCCACCCAUCUGCUCACAUGACGGAUGACCCUUUCUUGCAUCCAGAUACCUGGUGGGCGUCAGGUGCAGGCACCACCGUGCAGGAGCAGCAGGAUGAGAUCCGCUUGGACCUUGAAGCCCGGUUCUGUCUGUCCCAUGUAGUUUUAGUGUUCAGGUCACCACGGCCUGCUGCCAUGGCCAUUGAGCGUUCAGCUGACUUUGGAAAGACAUGGGAAGUUCUUAAGCUCUUUUCACACAAUUGCAGCAUGGAGUUUGAUUUGCCUGAUGAUUUUACUCAGCCGGGGUCUUUGUGUACAUCCCGUUAUGCCAGUGCUACACCCUGCAGUGGGGGGGAGGUAAUAUUACGGACACUAGACCCAAGCAGUGGUAAAACACAGGACCCUUACAGUCCAGAGGCCCUCGCCCGCCUCACACUCACUAACCUCCGCAUCAGACUGCUAAAAGCUCAGACUUGUCCGGCACCUCUAAAUCCACCUGCAGAAUGGACAAGCCCCACGGCCUCAGCUCUGACUUCCACGUCCUCAACAGAAAGCUCAGCCUACACACCUUAUGCUAUUUAUACUUUACUGGCCAGAGGGACCUGUCUGUGCUAUGGACAUGCUGAGUAUUGUGUACCAUACAACAGCAGCCAAGACACAAGACAGGACAGUGACAUGGUGUCUGGUAGGUGCCUAUGUACUCACCACACAGCAGGAAAUCACUGUGAGAAGUGUGCCCCGCUCUACAACGAUCGUCCCUGGAGGCCUGCCAACAGCAGCAGUGGGGAGUCCAACCCAUGCCAGAAGUGCCAGUGUCACGGCCACGCAGAUAGCUGUCACUUCUCUCAGCGGGCAUGGCUUUCCUCCGGCGGCACCAGUGGGGGCGUUUGUGAUGACUGCAGACACAACACCGUCGGGCGCAGGUGCCAGCGCUGUCGCCCCGGCUACCACCGGCACCCAUCCCUGCCCCUUAACUCCCCCCACACGUGCACACGCUGCUGGUGUGAUCCACAGGGCUCUUUGCCUCCUCGUCCUGGAGAGGAGAGACCCUGGUGCCACCCUAGAAGCGGGCAGUGCCACUGCAAAUCUGGUGUAGGCGGCACAAGCUGCAGACAUUGCCUGCCUGGUUAUUGGGGUUUUGGAGGGGAUGGCUGUAAACCCUGCACUUGCACUCACAGCUGUGAUCCAACCAAUGGGCAGUGUCUGGACAGCUACUCAAAUAACCAGGUGUCCAAUGUGCCCAUUGGUGGAAAAAUCCCUGAUUUGGAUCACAUGUUCACAGUAGAAGAAGAAGUACAGUGGUCAAAGGAGCUUGCCGUCUCUGCUCUGCAUUACACAGGAAAGUGUAGCUGUAAAGAGAAAAAGCUGAGGAGUGUGUCUGACCUCUGUACGACCAAACAUGAUUAUGUGAUCAAAGCCACUGUGCUGUCUGCUCAUGACAAAGGCAGCCACGCAGAAGUGCAGGUCAAAGUUCGCAAGGUCCUUCAAUCAAGCAAAGUGGCGCUCUACUUGGGAACCAUCCAUAUCUAUCCACUGUCGUGGACCAGCCGCGGCUGCACCUGUCCUGUUCUAAACCCAGGUAUGGAGUAUCUGCUAGCAGGUCCAGAGGAGGCUGGGACAGGCCGUCUACUGGUCACCAUGCAGAGUGUGGUGGUCCCGUGGACACCCCGACUUGGUCUACUUAUAUCAGAGAGCCUGAGGACUGGAUGCACAUGAACAUACUGUAGAUCCAAAAAGGCGGGACAGGCUUCAGAGGAUUUCUCAAGAAAAUUUGAGUGGAAAAAUCUGAAAAGGGACUGACAACCACUGAACAACAUGCUGUCAUCAGGAGGAAAUUAUCCAAACCGAUGAUCAGUCCAGGUUCCAAAAUUAAAGAAAGGCACUCACAAUGUGUGAGUGUGCAACACAAAAUAAAGACUAAAAUGAAUACCUGGAUUUGUUUAGAUCCAAGUUUUAACAAAUCUCUUAUUCAAUGUUUGCUUCCUCUUUUUUUAUUAGCAAAGAGAAAUGUACAAAAGAUUAAAGUAGUCAUAUGUAGAAACUAUGUGACGGGGCAAAGUUCUUUGAAUUUCAGAGGGUUUCUAAAAUAUUUAUUACUUCUUUCAUAAAUAGUAAAUAAUUUUUGAAAGCUAAACAUAAUUUGGAUUCAAUAAAAUUUUAUGAAACUAUCAUUACAAAUAAACAGGCAAUAUAAUGAAAAUGGAUAAAACAGGGUGAACGCUGUAAAAUGUGGUUCUGUCUUAAUAUAUAGUCACAGUUUCCUCAACUUGUAAAUCUUCUCUGUAACUCCAGUGAGAGCAGCUCGCAUAAAAUCCCUAAUACUUUCAACAUGUGAAAAAGGAAAAUCCCUGACAACAGAGUGUUAUGCUUUGACUUUAGAAGAAGCAAACGGAAAAUGUAAGUUGAAAUUGUUUGACGAUCAUUUUAAUGUGGACAUUUGAGAAAAACCCAUAGUCUUUUAAGGCCUGAAUUUUAAUGAAUGGCAACUAACGCAUCCAAAUGGAAACAUCUAGACAGUGUUAAGACAACAAAAACAUUUAUGCAGUGACAGUUAAAUGUGACAAGCAACUUUGGCCUAGGCCAGAUACAGUGUCAAUUGACAAAUAUGAUGACCAGAGCUCAUACAGCAACAGAUGGAGACCCUGAAGUUUUUACAAGAUGUCAACAAACUGCUAAAAACAUCUCUUAAUAUCAAUUUUAUGGUCACUGAACAGCUGAAACAGUAGUAUUUGUUUUCUUACCAAUUACCUGUGUUUUGGUCUCUCACGUGAUGGAAAGCAAAGGGACUAACUUAAGUUGAGUGUCAAAACUGUCUUGAGUGGAGGUUAAAUUCCUUAGAAAAGCUGAUCAUUGCUUGAAUAA